UUGUACGUUACUGAGAACUGUCUGGGAGAAUGCGGAAAUUUAGCCGAAUGACGAGGGACAAUAACAACUGUCAGAAACCUCUUUAAUUUAAAAUGGGGAUCGCAAAGUUGGCAAAAUUAAUUCGUUCUGAUGCGCCAACGUCUGUGCGCAACAAAGAGAUCGGCGAUUAUUCUGUAUGUUUUUGUGCUCCAGGGAAGAUUAUCGCACUGGAUACGUCUAUUGUGUUGAAUCAGUUUCGCUCAGCUGUCCCCGGCCAUCUGAAGCUAAGCCCUCUCACAGGCCUGUUUUUCCGCACUCUUACUUUCCUGGAGCAUGACAUUAAACCUGUCUUUGUAUUUGAUGGCAGGCCUCCCAAUGAAAAGAGAGCUGUGCUGGAGAAAAGAGCUCAAAGCACAGGCUGGAGCAGCUCACCGAGUUCAAACACAGUGUCCUCCUUUACACAAGACUGCCAACGUCUUCUAGUGCUCAUGGGUGUACCUUGUAUCAGGGCUCCAGGUGAAGCAGAGGCACUCUGUGCCCACUUGGUUAAAAGUGGCGCAGUUAAUGCUGUAGCCUCAGAGGACAUGGACACACUAGCGUUUGGGGGAACUGUUCUUCUACGCCAGCUUAAUUCAAAGAAAGACAGUGAGGUGUCAGAGUACUCCUUGCCAAAACUAUUGGAAGCUUUACAGCUGACACAUAAAGAGUUUGUUGACCUAUGUAUCUUAUUGGGCUGUGACUACUGUGAUAAGAUUCGGGGCCUCGGGCCAAGUCGAGCACUAAAGCUUAUAAAGGAGCAUCAUACAAUAGAGGGUGUGAUGGAACACGUCAACAGAAAGACACACCCUAUCCCUUCUAACUGGGAUUACAAGGCUGCCCGCAAGCUGUUUUUUGAAAAGCCACAAAUUGAUGCCCCUGUACUGGCUUGGAAUGAGCCUGAUGAAGAGGGCCUGGUGCAGUUCCUAUGCCAGGAGAAACCUUUGAAGGAAAUAAAAGUGCGGGGACGCAUUCAGAAGUUUCGUGAGUCUCUCUUAAAGAGAAGGAAACAGAGGGAGGUGGAUGACAAGAUGGGGCCAACUAGACAGUCACGUCUUGAGGAAUUUUUCCCUGCAGCACGGAGGAGAAAGGCAGAGUCUACAGUUGUUGGAAGAUCUGGUGGCACAAAACGAUUAAAGACUAAAUAAAACACAGUGUUGCUUGAACCAUGUCUUCAACCGAACAGUCUGAAAUUUAAUGGCAGUAUCUGAUGAUGAAGAUAAAGCAUGGAUCUGUUUUGGAUGCUAACUUUCUGAAUAAUUAGAUUUUUAUCAAAAAGCAACAUAACAUAAAACCAGUGCCAAGAGAAAAUAUAUUUUACAUUUUUGUUUGUAUCAUGCAAAAAAAAAAAAAAAGGAACAACUUUUAUGUUUGGUAACCUGAAUUAGAUUACAGUAAAAUACCAACACUAUUUUUUAAACUAC